AUGGGGCCGGCGGGGGCGCGGGGCGCGGGGCUGCUGGGGGGCUGCCGGCUCCGGUGCCGGCGGCGGGUGGCGGCGGGGCUGCUGGCCGGCCUGGUCUGCCUCUCGGCGGCCGCCUUCCUGUGCAGCGGCGGCCACGAGGAGCUCUUCUCGCGGGCCCUGCCCCUCUGGGCGGCCGCGGGCGGCGGGGGCCCCCCCGCCGCCCCCCCUGCGCCGCCGCCCCCGCCCCGCCGCCCCGCGGAGUUCGCGCUGGAGCCCCCGCCGCCCCCCGCCUGCGCCCCCCCGACGGGCCCGCGGCGGCGGCGGCUGCUGCUGCUCUCGCUGGUGGUCAGCGCCACCGACCACGCCGAGCAGCGCCAGGCCGUGCGGGCCACGUGGGGCGGCGUCGGGGGGUCGCCUCCGGGGGCGCUGCGGACCUUCUUCGUGGUGGGGCUGCCCGGGGACCCCUCGCGGCAGGCGGCGCUGGAGGAGGAGGCGCGGCAGCACGGGGACCUGAUCCAGGGGCGCUUCGUGGACACCUACGCCAACCUGACCCUGAAGACCCUGGCGCUGCUGGGCUGGGCCGCCUCCCGCUGCCCCGCGGCCGCCUUCGUGCUCAAGGUGGACGACGACGUCUUCAUGAACCUGCCCGCCCUGGCCGCCCACCUGGACGCCCUGCGCGACCCCUGGGGCCUCUACCUGGGGCGCAUCCACUGGCGGGUGCGGCCCGACCGGAACCCCGCCAGCCGCCACCACGUGCCCGCUGCCCUGUACCCCGGCGACGUCUUCCCCCCCUACUGCAGCGGCACCGCCUACGUCCUCUCGGGGGACGCCGUGGCCGCCGUCCUGGACGCCGCUCGCCACGUGCCCCUGGUCCCCGUGGAGGACGCCUUCGUGGGCCUCUGCGCCUGGCGGGCCGGCAUCACCCCCCGGCACGUGGUCCGAAUGGCGGGCUCCACCCACUUCCCUGCCGACCCCUGCUGCUACCGGGAGGUCCUGUUCAGCGUCCACGACGUGGCGGCCCCCAAGAUGGUGGACAUGUGGCAGAGGGCCUGGCGCCAGGAAGCAGCCUGCACCUUCUUCCAGCGCGCCUUCGGGAUCCUCCGGUGCCGGAUCCUGUCUUGGAUGGAAGCCGGCCUGUGAGGAGGAGGAGGAGGAGGAGGAGGCCCGGAGGAGCUGGCUGGAACCUCCACGGGAGACGUGGCCACGGGAGAGCCGACCCCUGGCUGGACUGGGGGAUUGUGGCUUUCCGCCUUGCAGCAACAGGAGGACGCUGAUACGUGUGGCCCCGCUGAGGAUACAGCCAGUCACUCCGUCUUUUGUAUGUGACUGCGGGAGGGACACACACACACACACACACAAAAGUGCCUUGUACUUCUACAAGCUGGGGUGGGGGGGCGGGGGGGGGGCGGUGUCUGCCACAGUCGAUAGCUGUCUCUUCAGACCGGCAGCUGCUUUGCAGGAUCGCAGGCAGGCAGGGUCUCCCCCGUCUUUCCCCCUUCAGAGUCCUGGAGAAUUUGGGGGGCAGGAGGAGGGAGCGCCCCCUCCUCUGGCUCAGCCGGCAUGAACCCCCACCACCAAGGAGAACAGAAUCCAGAGUUUUCAACGUACAGCCCCCCCCCCCCCCCAAUCCUCCAGACUUUUCCAAGAUUCAAUUUCAGGAGCACUUGCAAGAUCAACAGGAUCUCCAGGGUGGGACCUCUCAAGAGUUCAGGCUUUGGGUACCUGAAGACCUUGCGGGCGCUCCUGGGCUCGAAUCUUGCUUCUCUGCUUAGUCUUGGUAGGCCACAAAGUGAAUCUGAGUCAGCUGUGUGAUGCGGCAGCCAAGGAAGCCAAUGCGAUUCUCAGCUGCCUCAACGGGACACAGAGUGUCUAGAUUGAGGGCCGUAACAGCACCUCUCUUUGGACAGACCUCGCCUGGAGUCCUGUGUUCAGUUCUGGGCAUCACAAUUCGAGGAGGACACUGACAGCUGGAACGGGCCCAGGGGAGGGCGGCCAAACUGGUAGAAGGUCUGGAGUCCGUGCCCUGCGAGGAGAGGGAGGUUAGAGCUGGGGACAUUGAGUUUGGCAAAGUGGGGUGGGGACGACAUGAUAGCUAUUUUUAGAUAUUUCAUAGAAUCAUAGAGUUGGAAGAGACCACAAGGACCAUCAAGUCUAAUCCCCCUGCCAUGCAGAAACACACAACCAAAGGAGGAGAUCCCACCACACCCCGAGGCAGCGUAAUCCACUGUCGAACAGCCCUGACUGAAGGGAUAUCGUGUCAAAGAGGGAGCAAGCUUGCUUUCUGCUCCUCAAGAGACUGGAACAUUGGAGUAAUGGAUUCAAGGUGCAGGAAAAGAGGUCCCGCCUAAACAUCGGGAAGAACUUCCUGUGUGGCCGUGGAAUGUGCUGCCUCAGAGGGGGGUGGAGUCUCCUCCUUUGGAGUCUUGUAAACAGAGGCUGGGUGGGCCUCUGUCAAGGGUG